AUAAAUACCCAGCUCUGCAAGCGGCACCUCCUGGCCCUCUAGAUCACCAUGGAGGGAUUGGCUCUCUGUCUGGCGGCUGUCCUGGUGGUUUGUUUCCCAGCUUCUUCCCACAGCCAGCUCUACAGCCUGAUCACUCCCAACAUUCUGAGGGUGGAGAGCGAAGAGAAGAUUGUCGUAGAGGCACAUGGACUCAAUGUUCAAACAGAAGUGACCAUCACCGUCUACGACUUCCCACAGAAGAAGAAGGCCUUGUACUUAGUCCAAGCCUCCCUGCAGCCAGAUAAUGGCAUGAUGGUGACACCGACCAUAAAGGUUCCUGCCAAAGACAUGAAGAAAGAUUCCAAGCUCAACCAAUACGUGGUUGUCCAAGCCAGGUGUGCCCAGUUCCAGCUUGAGAAGGUGGUUCUGGUGUCCUUCCAAAGUGGUUACAUCUUCCUACAAACAGAUAAGACUAUCUACACUCCUGGAAGUUCAGUGCGCUAUCGAGUCUUUCCUGUGGGUUACCACCUGGAGCCUUUGAAUAAAAACGUGAUUGUCGAGUUUGAGACACCAGAGGGCAUCAUUGUCCACCAUGCUUCCAUUUCCUCUGUUUCAACAAACACCCAGCCGUUCAACAUACCUGAGAUUGUGAGCUUUGGAACAUGGAAGGUUGUUGCCAAGUAUCAAGACUCCCCGCAACAGAAUUUCACCACACAAUUUGAGGUCAAGGAAUAUGUGCUGCCAAGUUUUGAAGUCAUGCUGCUACCACAUGAGAAGUUUUAUAACAUUGAGAGCGACGAGGAUUUCAGAGUGUCCAUCAAUGCAAGGUUCCUCUAUGGAAAGAAAGUAACAGGAGUGGCCUUGGUCCUCUUUGGAGUGAUUAUAGAUGGUGAGAAGAACAGCAUCCCCGACUCACUCGACAGAAUUCCGAUUGUAGAGGGUGAAGGGGAAAGAGAAGCAGUGCUAACAAAACGCAAACUACAGGAACGAUUUCGGCAACCUGCAAAGCUUAGCGAUCUCAUUGGGCAAUUCCUCUACAUCUCCGUGACGGUGAUGACAGAAUCAGGCAGUGACAUGGUGGUAGCUGAAUAUAAUAACAUUAAGAUUGUGACCUCUCCCUACAACAUUCUCUUCACAAAAACCCCCAAGUACUUCAAACCAGGAAUGCCCUAUGAACUUACGGUCUUUGUCACCAACCCGGAUGGCUCCCCAGCUCCGAAUAUCCCUGUGGUAUCCCAGCCCAUCCAAGCCGACGGAGUGACCCAGAAUGAUGGAACGGCCAAACUUAUCCUAAACAUGCCAGCGAACACACAACAACAAAGAAUUACUGUCAGAACCAAACAUGGGAAACUCCAGGAUGCACAACAGGCCAGCAAUACCAUAUUGGCUUCUGCCUACCAAACCCAAGGACAGUCCGGAAACUACCUCCAUUUAGCAGUCACAGCACGAGAACUCAAGUCCGGGGACAACUUGCCAAUCAAUUUCAAUGUGAAGAGCAAUAACCCACAAGUGCUGAACCAGAUACGUUAUUUCACCUACAUAAUCAUGACCAAAGGAAAGAUUUUCAAGACCGGGAGGCAACCCAAGGGAGAAGGACAGAAUCUGGUGACAAUGUCUCUGCCCAUCACCCCAGACCUCAUCCCCUCUUUCCGAAUUGUGGCUUACUUUCAAAUAGGAAACAGUGAAAUUGUGGCUGACUCUGUCUGGGUGGACGUGAAAGAUACCUGCAUGGGAACGCUGGUUGUGACAGGAGCAACUGAGGCGGAUAAUGAUAUCCACUUACCAGGAACGAGAAUGAAAAUCAAACUGGAAGGGGAUGCAAAUGCUCACGUUGGCCUCGUGGCUGUCGACAAGGGAGUCUACGUCCUCAACAAGAAGUACAAGCUGACCCAGUCAAAGAUAUGGGACACUGUGGAGAAGAGUGACAUUGGAUGCACAGCUGGCAGCGGCAGUAACAACGUGGGUGUCUUUGCAGAUGCGGGGCUGACCCUGGAGACUAGCAAUCAGAUUUCCACACCUCAAAGAUCAGAUCCAAAGUGCCAGCAGGUUGCAAGACGCCGUCGGCGCCGCUCUUUGCAGCUCCUGGAAUCCAAGGCCAGCAAAGUGGCCCGCUAUCAAGAUCGGAGGCUGAGGAAGUGCUGCGAAGAUGGCAUGCAGGACAACCCCAUGGGGCACAGUUGCGAGAAGCGAGCAGAAUACAUCGAAGAUCAGAACGAGUGCAAAACUGCCUUCCUUGAAUGUUGCCGAUACAUCAAAAGCAUCCGGGAUGAGAAGGCGCGGGAGGAGCAGCUGAUCCUAUCGAGAAGUGAUAUUGAUGAUGGUUUCUUAACUGAUGACCAGAUUGUCUCCAGAACUGAGUUUCCUGAGAGUUGGUUGUGGCAAAUGGAACGGCUGGAUACACCAGCGAAUGAUGCCGGGAUCUCAUCCAAGACGGUGUCUGUUUUCCUGAAAGAUUCCAUCACAACCUGGGAGGUGCUGGCUGUGAGCUUGUCAGAAACCAAAGGGGUCUGCGUGGCCGAUCCUUAUGAAAUCGUAGUGAGGAAGGACUUCUUCAUUGACCUGAAGGUGCCUUACUCAGUAGUGAGAAAUGAGCAGGUGGAGAUUCGAGCUGUUCUCUACAACUAUCGGGACCAAGACAUUACGGUGCGGGUGGAGCUCAUACACAACCCAGUGUUCUGCAGCGCUUCCACUUCCAAGGAAAGAUACAGGCAGACAUUCAACCUUAAGGGCCAGUCCUCCAAGGCGGUGCCAUUUGUGAUUGUCCCGCUGCAGCAAGGACUCCAUGACAUUGAGGUCAAAGCAGCGGUUUGGGGCCAGUUUGUGUCUGAUGGUGUGAAGAAGAAGCUGAAAGUUGUGACUGAAGGGAUGCAGAAAAAGCUUGUGACAGUCAUUGAGCUGGAUCCGACUAGACAAGGAGUCGACGGCGUCCAGGAACAGAGGGUCAAUGCCAGUAACCUCGACGACAUCGUUCCCGACUCUGAAACGGUGACCCAGCUCACCAUCCAAGGCAACCCUGUGGCCCAGAUCAUUGAAAACUCCAUUGAUGGGGCCAACCUGAAGCAUCUCAUCGUAACCCCGUCUGGCUGUGGGGAACAGAACAUGAUUACCAUGACUCCAUCAGUUAUUGCCACCCAUUAUCUUGAUGCUACUGGGCAGUGGGAGAAGAUUGGGGUGGACCGCAGGACAGCUGCAGUCAAGCAGAUCAACCAAGGUUACGCGCAACAACUGGCGUACAAGAAAGCAGACAAUUCCUAUGCUGCGUUUAAAGACCGCGCGGCUAGCACUUGGCUAACAGCAUACGUCGCAAAGGUCUUUGCCAUGGCGAAAAGUAUAGAGUCAAACAUUGAUACUAAUGUCAUCUGUGGAGCUGUGAAAUGGCUGAUUCUGGAAAAGCAAAAACCAGAUGGAGUGUUCCAAGAAGACGCCCCUGUGAUCCAUGGAGAGAUGGUGGGAGGCUAUAAGGGUGCAGAACCAGACAUGUCGUUGACGGCCUUCGUCUUAAUUGCAUUGCUGGAGAGCAGAUCAAUCUGUGGCGAGCAAAUCAAUAGUUUAGAGAACAGCAUCAACAAGGCUGCCGACUAUCUAGCCAGAAAGUAUGAUACUUUGGAGAGGCCAUAUACCGUGGCCCUCACAUCAUAUGCUUUGAUCCUAGCAGAAGGCUUGAACCAUGAACGGGUACUUAUGAGAGCAUCAAAAGAUGGAAAUCGGUGGGAAGAACGCGGUGCUCAUACUUACAACAUUGAAGGCUCCUCCUACGGUCUUCUGGCCCUGCUAAAACUGAAGAAGUUUGACCAAGCUGCUCCCGUUGUAAGAUGGCUGACAGCGCAGAAUUAUUAUGGGGGGACAUACGGGCAUACUCAGUCCACCAUCAUGGUCUUCCAAGCUCUUGCUCAGUACCAGACAGACAUCCCACUCCAUAAGGACAUGGAAUUGGACGUUUCUCUUUUAUUGCCGGGACGUGCUGCUCCAGUCAGAUGGAGAAUUGACUAUGAAAGUGCCUUGCUUGCUCGAUCAGAAGAGACCAAGAUCAACGAAGACUUCACAGUGAAAGCAACAGGCCAAGGGCAGGCCACGAUGACUGUGGUGACGCUGUACAAUGCAAAACUCCGGGAGGAGGCUGCUCCCUGCAAGAAUUUUGAUCUGGAAGUUACUGCCACUCACUUCCCACUGGGUAAGGCAAUAGAAGGAGUCCAGGGAGCGAUCAAGAUCAAAAUUUGUGCCAGGUAUCAGGGUCUGGUUGAUUCGACAAUGACCAUCAUUGAUGUCUCCAUGCUCACUGGUUACGGACCUGCCACUGACGAUCUUAAGAAGCUUUCUGAAGGGGUCGACAGAUACAUCUCCAAGUUUGAAAUCGACAACACACUGUCUGAAAGAGGGAACCUCAUCAUCUAUCUGGACAAGGUUUCUCAUGUGGAGGAUGAAUGUCUGGAAUUCAAAGCUUACAAGUAUUUUGAUGCCAGCCUCAUUCAGCCAGGAUCUGUUACGGUGUACAGCUAUUAUUCCAUAGAUGACCGUUGUACCAAGUUCUACCAUCCAGACAGUGGAAGCGAACAUCUCAAUAAGAUCUGCCACGGUGACGUCUGUCGAUGUGCUGAAGAAAAUUGCUACUUGCAGAGCAAAGCAGACGAAGCCGUCGAUCUACAGAUGCGAGUUCAACAAGCCUGCAGGCCAGACGUGGAUUACGUGUACAAAACCAAGCUUGUUCAAAUCGAAGAAGAGAAUGGUUAUGACAACUAUAUGAUGCAAGUUCUGGAAGUGAUUAAAGAAGGGACUGACGUAAAUCCACAAGCCAAACUCCGCAAGUUCAUCAGCCACAUGAAAUGCAGGGAGGCUCUGCACCUGGAGAAAAACAAGGAAUAUCUGAUCUUAGGCCACAGCAAAGACCUGUGGCCCACCAAAACUGAUGUCAAUUACAUCAUCAGCAAGGACACAUGGAUUGAGAAGUGGCCAACAGAGGACGAAUGCCAGGAGGAGGAAUAUCAAAACCUGUGCAAUGACUUCAUCGAGUUCUCCAACAGAAUCACCAUUUUUGGUUGUGACAACUAACCAGGGAAGGGUCAUCCGCAGCAACUGUAUGAAGGUGGACCCAAGCCGAUGUUGCAGAGAAAACAUCUUCCCACCCAAAGUUCCAUCUUGCUAGUUUGCUCUUCUGUCCUCCCUCCAUUGUUUAUAUAUAUAUGUAUAAAAAUAAAGAACAGAUUUCUGACUGUGA